UUUGACGUUUGCACUCAUCCCUUUUCCAGCUGUGAUCUCUUUCAACAAUUUCGCACAUUUUAAAGUAAAAAGAAAAUAAUUAUAUUAAUUUGGUAAAUUUAACAUCGAAAAUGUCUGAAAAUGAAAUUAAUGGCACUGAGGAGGAUGUUCAGGAUAAGAAGCAGAAAAAACAAACCCGCCACGAUGGCGGCGCAGCAGAUUUGGAACGUGUGACUGAUUAUGCGGAGGAGAAGGAAAUCUCGGCGGCGCACAUAUCGAGCGCCGUUGAGCAAAUAGGCAAUAAGCGGAGUAAAGAAGAUGAGCGGAAAGUUGCUAAAGAAAUGGAGCUCCAGAAAGUGCAUGUGAAAAAAGAGGACAUUGAACUGAUUAUGAAUGAAAUGUUAAUUACACGCACUCAAGCAGAGAAAGUGCUUCGCGAACAGAGUGGUGAUGUUGUUGCCGCCCUGGAGGCGAUUAUUGCCAAUUGAAUUUUGGAACGCCAAUCAUUAACUGAUAAACAACACGCAAGGGCUAUAAUUUCCAGCCUUUUAAUCCUUAUUUUAUAAAAAAAAUAAAUAAAACUAACUAAAUACUAAAAAGAGAAAAUACCUUUUUUCGGAUACAAUCAAGAAAAAAAGAUUAAAAAUUCAGCAGAUUCAAUCCAUUACAAUCGACAUUGUAAAUCUGAUUUCCCAGUGGCAAGUGGUGUCUUUAAGAAGAGAGCAACAUUUAUUUCUGGCUAAGGACUGUCACUCCAGAGACCCAGCCACUUUUUUUGGAACGCUUUAUGCUGCUAAAAUAGAAUUUUGCUUGAAUCCUUCGUAUUAUAAAGAAAACGCCAACAGAUAUCGACUAUUGCAUUUAUUGCCAAACUAUCUGAUCUUAAAUAAAGCAGCGUUUAUAUUUUUGUUAAUCUAAAUAUGCAUGUUAUGUAAGGUAAUUUGAUUCUAUUCCAAAACUUCUUUGAAAAAUAGCUAUAAGAUAAUCAAAA